AGCGCGGGAAUUGUAUCUGCGUAUCUUCGCGAUUGCUCGCUCACUCUGUCGUCCGCCCGUUCAGCACCUUACCGUAUGACUCCGGUAGCCACGGAAGAAAAAGACAAAGCACAUCAGAGGUGCAAGGGUGUUUCGUUUUGCAUUCUCCGCAGCGCCCCGCAAGUGAAACUUUGAAAACCCAAGAGAAAAGUGGGACACAAGUCUAGGACCACCGCGCACCUCUCGGAGGAACAACUGUUGCGGUGCGGCAGCCGCGGCUGUAUACAGUGGCGCGUGGCCGUGGUCCAGUGUUUCGGCAGCACGGAACUUCGUCGUCAUGGCCGUGCGCUACUUCCAUGCGGCCGACUACUGCGUGCUCGUGGCCGUGCUGGGCCUCUCUUCGUUCAUCGGGGUCUACUUCGCGUGGAAGGGCCGCCGCAGCACCAACAACACGGAGUUUCUCGUGGGAAACAAGCAGUUGCAGGUAUUUCCAGUGACAAUGUCCAUAAUGGCAAGUUUCUUGUCGGCCAUCGCCAUUUUGGGCGUGCCAUCGGAAAGCUUCAUCAAUGGCUCCCAGUACAUGGUCAACUUCAUCGGCGUCAUCAUUGCCAUCCUCUUGGCAGCUCACGUCUUCUUGCCCGUGUUCUACGAGAUGGACAUGAUCAGCGUGAACCAAUAUUUGGAAAAGCGGUACAACUCUACCUUCAUACGAAAGUUCACUUCUGGCGUCACCGUGGUUCAAACGUGUUUCUACCUGGGAGUAGUGCUAUACGGUCCAUCACUUGCGCUUGGGUCGGUGACCGGCCUUCCAGUAUGGCUGUCCAUUCUUCUCAACGGAAGCGUUUGUGCUUUUUACACCACAAUCGGAGGUAUCAAAGCUGUCGUCUGGACCGACGUCAUGCAGAUGUUGCUCAUGAUUUCCGGCUUCUUUAUCGUCUUCAUAAAGGGUUUGAUGACAACCGGUGGGCCUACUGCAGUUUUCGACGUUGUGGACAAGCAUGGAUUGCUUGAAUUUUUCGACAUGAGCUUCGACUUUCAGAAGACGUUCACCUUCUGGAGUGUCGUCAUCGGUUCCACGAUAACCUGGACCAUGAGCAUGUGCACCAACCAGACCAUGAUCCAGCGCUACUGCAGCCUCAAGUCCAUUAACAAGGCUCGCGCGGCACUGUACAUCAACAUGCUGGGCGUCGGAGGCACGUUGACGUUAUCUGCGUUUUGCGGUCUCGUGCUUUUCGCGCUUUAUCACCAGUGCGACCCGGUCAAGGCGUCCGUAAUAAAGAAAUACGACGAGAUGAUGCCGUACUUUGUUAUGGACAACUUGGGUCACUUGCCGGGCAUGACAGGGCUUUUCGUCACAGCUGUCUACAGUGGAUCACUCAGUACGAUGUCGUCUGGCUACAACGCCUUGGCCGCCAUCACAUGGGAGGAUUUCUUAAAGCCCAGGCUGAAGCUGUCUCCGAAAGGUGUCAUGUGGGCAACAAAAGCGAUCGCGGCCACCUACGGUCUUCUGACGAUUGUCAUCGCAUUUCUCGCCGGCACCCUGCCUUCCAUCCUUUCGGCAACUUUCGUCACAACGGGCUGCUUUGUGGGCGCCUCCGGAGGAAUAUUCUUUCUCGGCCUCCUGUACCCAUGGUGUGGUGGCGGGACCGUCAUCGUGUCCAUGUUAACGGGCAUGGCGCUGUCCUUCUGGGUCGCCAUCGGCGGCAUGGUCUACCCUCGAAAGCCCGUCGUCGCGCGCACAACCGUCGAAGCCUGCGCCUUCAACUACACGCUCAGAGUGCCGCCUCAUCGAACAUACUACACGGGAGGCGUAUACGAUCUCUACCACAUAUCGUACAUGUGGAUUCCAGUAAUCAGCUUCCUUUCCACCAUCUUCGUAGCUGUAGCCAUCACGCUAAUUCGUGGAACAAAGAACGCGGCUGAUGUGGACCCAAGACUGUUAGCACCGGGUAUUAGGCAGUACUAUAUAAGGACGAGAGCCAAGGACGAAGAACAAAACACCAAGGAACAACAGGUCAUCAAGGAGCAAAAACAGGUUAUCAAGGAGCCCUUGAAGAUAGAGGUGAUCCAGGAUGACUCCCCCGAGAAACCAGAGAAACUCCGUGAGAUCGUGAGCUACACCAACGGUCACGUGAACUACGCAAUGACCAAUGAUGACGGCACGGAACACACAGCUAUGUAGGCGGGCGGAAAGACUGUGAUAUUUUAGGUUGACGAACUGUUUAGCUAUAGUUUAUAAUAUCAUACUGUGACUUAUACGCCUUAAAUUAUGGACGUGUUACGCAGUGGAGCUAGUACAAAGAAAAGAAGUGACUCAAGACUAUCAUUUUCAAGAACGACCAAAUAUUACGUAAAGGCUACGUUUCGCAACCCUGUAAGUCCCAUGACUUGUUUUGCUUU